GCAUAAAUUAUCGGUAAUCUUCCUCUCAUCUUUCCUUUCUGAUCACCUCUCACACCGUUACCCCUCUUUCCCAUUUCUCAAAACCCUAAUCUUCCAUUUUCGUAAACCUCUCCAAUUCCACCCAUUUUCACCGACCCAUUAACCCGUUUAAUCGACCCGUUUCUUCAAUUCCACCAAUUUUCAAUCCUUUCUCCUCAAUUCCACCCAUUUUCACCGACCCGUUAACCCAUCGAAUCGACCCGUUUUCUUCAAUUCCACCCAUUUUCACCGACCCAUUAACCCAUCGAAUUGACCCGUUUUCUUCAAUUCCACCAAUUUUUAAUCUUUCUCCUCAAUUCCACCCGUUUUCACCGACCCAUUAACCCAUCAAAUCGACCCGUUUUCUUCAAUUCCACCAAUUUUCAAUCUUUUUCUUCAAUUCCACCCGUUUUUCACCCACCCAUUUGCUUAAAAGAUUAAUCUUUUCCUUCAAUUCCACAACAAAAAAACCGAUCUUUUUCACCAUAUGGGUACCUUUAGGGUUCCAUCGGAACCUUCAAAAUCCCCAAAUUCAUCAUCAUCAUCAUCACAACCAACAACCACAACAUCAACUUCUCGGAUCGAUACGAUUAAUGGGUCGCACGAAUUUAAGGUUGAAGGUUACGCGUUAUCGAAAGGUAUGGGAAUUGGGAAAUAUGUAACUUCUGAGAUUUUUACUGUGGGUGGUCAUUCUUGGGCUGUUUACUUUUACCCUGAUGGUAAAAGUGCUGAGGAUAAUGGUACCUAUGUUUCGCUUUUUAUCGCCCUUGCUAGUGAUGCUACUGAUGUUAGAGCUUUGUUUGAGCUGUCUCUUAUGGAUCAGAGUGGUAAUGAGAGGCAUAAGAUUCAUACUCACUUUGGUAGGGUGCUCGAAACGGGUCCUUACACGCUCAAAUACCGCGGUAGCAUGUGGGGCUAUAAACGCUUUUUCAGGAGAACAUUAUUAGAAACAUCAGACUACCUUAAAGAUGAUUGUCUCUUGAUCCAGUGUACUGUUGGUGUUGUAAGAUCAUACAAUGAAACACCGAAGACUUUCUCCCUGCCUGUGCCACCGUCAGACAUUGGGCUUCAUUUCGGGCAGCUCCUAGAGAGUGGAGAGGGAGCUGAUAUAAAGUUUGAAGUUGAAGGUGAAGCCUUUGCUGCACACAAGUUGGUUCUUGCUGCCCGCUCCCCUGUGCUUAGGGCACAACUCUUUGGUCCACUAAAGGAAGAGAACGUACAAAAUAUUAAAGUUGAAGAAAUACAGGCUCCAGUAUUCAAGGCGUUGCUCCACUUCAUCUAUUGGGAUGCUCUCCCUGAUUUACAAGAGCUUGUGGGUCUCGAUACCAAAUGGGCAGUUGCGUUAAUGGCUCAGCAUCUGCUUGCUGCAGCUGACCAGUAUGGCCUUGAGAGAUUGAGAGCACUUUGUGAGGCUAAGCUUUGCGAGGAUGUUACAAUCAACACUGUUGCUACAACUUUAGCUUUGGCAGAUCAGCAUCAUUGUGUCCAACUGAAAUCUGUGUGUCUUAAGUUCAUCGCGUUGCCUGAAAAUUUGAAAGCUGUGAUGCAAUCAGAGGGAUUUGAUCACUUGAAGGAGAGUUGUCCUUCUGUCAUCACGGAAUUGCUGAAGUAUGUUGCUGGGAUGAAUGAACAUGCAAUCAUUUCUUACGUACAUGGUGGGCACAUUCUAGAUGGCACUGAUGUGAAUGGAAGAAGAGUGAAGCAAAGGAUAUAUUGAGUGCAAGCCACAUAUUUGAUGCUGUGUGCAAUUUAUAAUGGCAUUGCCAUCAUUUUUUAACAAGUUCCAAUUGGUAAAGUAAUUGAUUGUUGUAUUACUAGUUCCGUUUCCAAAGUGCAUAGAGUCCAGGAACGCUAUCGUUGAUCACUCAUUGUUCUGUUUCUGAGCAAAUGAUCUUUAAUCUAGAGUGGAUUAGGAGGUGCCUACGAUUUGUAGUAGGUACUUAAAUAAUUCUCAUUUUAGGACUAAGUCUCAGCAGUCACGUUUGGGUCCAAACACUGGUUGAUUCUGCUAUAGUGAAGAUUUUAGUCUUGUCAAGUUAAGCCUAUUCGGCUGAUUGGUCUGAUUUUUUGUGUUAUGUCGUUCUCGUGUAUGAUUGAAGAUGAUAUUCUGGUUUCUACUGUUGUUUAAAUACAAGUACUUUUUCCCA